AAAUAUCUAUGAUUAGUUAUUCCCAAUUCAACAGUCGCACGGAGCAGUGCUCGGAAACAAAAAUAUAUUUUAAACAAAUACAUUUUAUAAAUUUCAAAAAAUUCGUGAUGCCUUUUAACGAUAGCCCGUACUCCGCCGCUAACAAUGCACCGGCCUCACGCAUAUCCGCGAGUGUAGCUGGACCUGGAGCUACGUCGGUAGGCGGCGGUGCAGCUGGCGAUGGCGCGGACUUUGCCAGGCUAAACUCUGUUGGUGCCCAUGGAUCCAAUCAGUCGCUGGAUGAUGGCCCUGCGCCGUUUGCCACAUGCCGCAAGCCGCGACCCGACCCGAAUUCGCUGCCAGUACGCCAGUACCUGGACCAGACGGUGGCUCCCAUCCUGCUACACGGACUGCACGCCUUGGCUAGGGAUAGGCCCACGGAUCCGGUCAGCUAUUUGGCCACGUAUUUGCUGAAGAACAAGAACCGCUGUGACGAGGUAAACACAGCGUUCAUGUAAACAGACACGACACAACAUAAUUCCCGAGCACUUGAACAACACUAAACGGGACACUUGAACCACAUUCUACACCUAUAGAUAGAUAGAUAAAUCUUACGUUCAUUCAGCAGCACUGGGCCGACGUCAGCACACCAGCAGUCCGCACACUAAACUACACCCCACAAGAUUUAGUUCAUUCAUAAGAGCAGCCGAAAACUCAAACAAGGGGGCAGUGCAAUUCCCAUAGCCCACCUGCCGCAGUUACACAUUUGUCCAACUCUUUUAUUCGCCGAUUUUAUAGACAAUUGACUCUUGUACACAAUUUAUCGCUGAUUAUACUUGUUAAACACUCACCAAACAGA